AUGGAAACAUUUGGGAAAGUACGAUUGGUGGAUAUCCCGUCUCUUGAUGAUCUCAGGAAAGAAAUGAGCCCACAGAUUAGUGGUAUCAAGCCCAAAGCUUUCUCGUUUGGUCAGGAUGUCUUCUUCGAAGCAUUUGUGCAAUACACCGAAUACGCUGGUUUUGCGCAAGCUAUGGUGUCAUUUCAGAAUAUGAAAUGGACGAAGAAAAUUGAUGGCAAGGUAUUCCAUGCCAAUGUCAAGGUGGACUUCGAUCGUACGCGACAUUUGAGCGAUGCUUCUGUUAAACGACGACAAGCUGAGCGCGAAAAAAUUCUUGCCGAAAGGCGGCGAAUAGUUGAGGAAGAAAAGCGCCGAAUGUUAGCGCUAUAUCUAAUAGCCCCGUAUAUUAGCGCUCCAGUUUAG